AUGGCAGCGGGAACCCAAGUAAUCGCCAACUCUGGCCACGAUGAUAUGAUUCACGAUGCAGUCCUCGACUACUACGGCCGGAGGUUAGCGACCUGCUCGUCGGACCGGACCAUCAAGAUCUUCGAGAUUGAGGGCGAAACGCAACGGCUGAGCGAGACACUGAAGGGGCACGACGGCGCAGUGUGGUGCGUUUCCUGGGCGCACCCCAAGUACGGCAACAUCCUAGCUAGCGCAGGGUACGACGGUAAGGUGCUCAUCUGGCGCGAGCUCAACGGCGCGUGGCAGCGCAUCUUCGACUUCGCGCUGCACAAAGCCAGCGUCAACGUCGUCUCAUGGGCCCCGCACGAAGCCGGCUGCCUCCUAGCCUGCGCCUCCUCCGACGGCAACGUCAGCGUGCUCGAGUUCAAGGACAACAGCUGGGACCACGGCAUCUUCCACGCACACGGGCUCGGCGUCAACUCGGUAUCCUGGGCGCCCGCAACCAGCCCCGGGUCGAUCGUCAGCAGCAAGCCGGGGCCCAAGUCGACGGGCAACCGCCGCUUCGUCACGGGCGGCUCCGACAACGCGCUCAAGAUCUGGGCUUACGACGCCGCGAGCAACACCUACACCCCCGAGCGCGAGCCGCUGACGGGCCACACCGACUGGGUGCGCGACGUGGCGUGGAGCCCGACUGUGUUGCAGAAGAGCUACAUCGCCAGCGCGUCUGAGGACCGUACCGUGCGUAUCUGGACCAGCGACCCGGCUAAUCCGUUGCAGUGGACUGCUAAGGUGCUCACUUUCGAGGCGGCUGUCUGGCGUGUCAGCUGGUCGCUUAGCGGCAACGUACUGGCGGCUAGCGGCGGUGAUAACAAGGUUACACUGUGGAAGGAGAAUCUUAAGGGCGAGUGGGAGUGUGUCAAGACGAUUGAGGAGUAG